AUGCGAUGCGCGAUCAAGGCCGCCGAGAGCGCGUCCGCACGUCCCUGUGCGGACGCCGAAGCAGAAACCGCAGCAACUGAUGUCUCAUCGGUUGCUGAAGCGACUCAGCCUGUGUCACUUGGUGAUGCAGGCGCUGGUCAUGAAGACACUCAUGUCUUCACAGAGUAUGAGCUCGGUGUCUCAUACUCUCCUGAUACGGAAGACGGAUCCGUAUCGACGGCGAUCGAAUCCAAGCCGCCUGCCAAGCGUGGCAUGGAUGAUGCUAUGCGUCGUAGCAUCUUUGGUUCAUCUGAUGAAUCAGAUGAACCAUCGCCGAAGCGAAGGCGCUCGAGGUCGCGAGACUCGGGCGCUAACAGUGGUGUCGGUUCUCCUAUGGACACCACUUCGCAACGAGGUGCCAGUCCUUCUGUCGGCACGUCGCAGGAAGAGCGGGACCGCAAUGUCUUGCGUCUCGCUCCCGAGAAGAAGGCAUGGAUGCCUCCAAAAUCUGUCAUGGAUCACUUGUCGGCGACGACGAGUGAUCGUUAUCGAACACGGUUGUUCGAUUCGUCAAGGAUCCAUCACCUUGAACCCAGCGCGAAAACUAUCGAGCUGAAAAUGAAUUCUUUAUCGAUGCUUUCUUUAGACAUCGAUGGUACAGUGGGAAUCACAAGCGUGAUGUUCCCUCACUACUUCAAGCGUGGAACGCCUACAUCCAUAACCUUGAGGAUGUAG